UAAAUAUAAUUAGCAAAUGCUAAUUUAACUGCUGUUAGAGAUUUGGUAAUGAUCGACAGUUCGAAGGUUUUUUCUUUAUUGCUAUCAAUGUUGGUUGUUAAAGUAUUCAGCUGGAUGAGAAUGAUGAUAAUCACCAGCCACCUCCAACCACCAUCCCCACCACCUUCUUCAAUCUCUAAACCUUCAAUUCCAAGAAAAUAAUUUACUAACGAACACCCUUUACCUACUUUGAUCCUCAACAAAAUUCCUCUUAUCUCCCCAUUUCUUUCCUUCAUUGCCUACACAAUAUUGGCUGCUCCAAUUUUUUAUUAAUCUUGGGAGGGAGAAAAAAGGAAAGAAAAUGGAUGGCAUCUCAAGAUUGUUGGUGCUGUCAAUAUUCUUUGUGAUAUUGUUUGGUUUUCAAAGAGAGAAUAUGGUAACUAUGGCCAUUGAUGAAGAUGCAAAAGCGCUUUGUAGCGUUAAUCUUGCAGAAUUUCUUCCUCCUCCUUAUGGUGGUCUUGAAAAUAUGGUCUGUCAACCUGUUUGGAACUCUUUCCUGCUACGUUACUCUGAGAGUAAAGAUAAUGUGGUCACUAUUGUGUUAUCAACUAUUUACACAAUGGGAUGGAUAGGAAUGGGGUUCUCCCUCGAUGGAAUGAUGAUCAAUUCUAGCUGUAUGGUUGGAUGGGUGACUCCAGCAGGUCAUGGAAAAAUCAAACAGUAUUAUGUUGAGGGAUUCACUCCCUCAAAAAUCAUACCAGAUAAAGGGGAGCUGCCAUUGACAAGUGUUCCACCCAUUAUCUAUAUUCAAGGGGCCACAGUUUACUUGGCCUUCCAGUUGAAGUAUCCAACUCCUCUCAAAACUCAACCAAUCUUACUAGCUUUCUCCACCAAAUCUCCUCAGCACCACCAUCUCACUGUUCAUGAGGACAAAACAACCAUACGAUUCGACUUCUCUUCAGGUACUUCAUUUGCUGCCACUGAUACACCUACUAACUACAUGAGCUCAAAGAAGACCCAUGCUGCAACCUCAUAUUCCAGGACAUCAAGGCAUAGGCAUUCUUAUUCUUGUGCUCAGUAUUCUUCAGGUUUUGGCAUUCUUUGUAAGACCAGAUAAAGACAGCAAGUAUCGCAAGUACUGGAAUUUGUAUCACGGUUGGGUGGGCAGGAUUGCUCUCUUCUUUGGAGCUGUGAACAUAGUAUUGGGGAUGC